CUUUUCAUAAAAUUUAAUCUGCUUUUUUUUUUCAGGCAUGGAUGGUAGGCAGAUGUGGGGGUCGGUAAUUGGUGAAACCUUGGCUAUGUAUAUCAAGAGGAUAGUAACUUUUUGCAAGCAGGUACCAGGAUUUUCCUCAUUGGAACAACAAGAUCAAAUGGUACUUGUAAAAGCUGGUUUCUUUGAAAUCCUAACCGUUCAGGACUGCAUCGAACUCGUCCUUUACAACAAGUUCAUUCUGAACAACAACGUGCGAGUAUCACGUCUCAAUAUGCUUAAAUUCAUGCCUAACGAGUUGGUAGACGCUGUGUACGAUUUUGCAAGACGUCUCCACAGGUUAAAAUUACAGCAGUCCGAAGUAGCGUUACUGUCAGCAGUUGUAUUGUACGCAGAUGAUCGAGAAAGUCUACAAAACCGAGAUCUGAUCUGCACUUUACAGGCUAAAAUUCUUGGCGCACUCAAGGUUGAAACACAAAGAAAUCAUCGCGACGACCCACAUAUCUUUGCUAAGAUUCUUCUACGUUUGCCCGAACUUCGAACUCUUGAUAAUCUUCAUACUCAGUUUAUCAUGAAGCUCAAAGUAGGUGUACCAUCUUUCCCAAUGCCUGAGCUCUAUAUGGAAGUAUAUGACUUUGGAAAUUCUAAAGGAGGAUGCGACGCAAAGAAAGAGGAAGAUUCGAAGAAAAGCAACUCGGCAUCUGUGCAUGUCACGUCGAGUAACUACUCAAAGGGAACAAACGGUUUCACCGGACACCACCCAAUUAACGGCCGUGGUCAUGACAGUUCAAACGAAAGCCCGUGCGCAGUGAAGGUUGAACAGCCAAUUGGCCCGAGCAAGUUUGACUUACCAUUUCCAAUACAGUUCGGUAAUGACAUGGAGGUAUAUAAACAUUACCUUGGCCAAUUUACGCCCAAUGCUGGGUACCCUCAGUAAAAAUAGGACUGGGAAUUAACCUCUUGUAGUAUUAUCCACCCUGAUUCAUGGUGCGGUGUCCAUGUCAUGGGCAUGUUUGCAUAUGGCCAUGUGUGAUUGGUUUCAUUGCUCAUUGAUAUGGAACCUAGACACUGUGUACGGUAUUCAUCUGAUUGGCCAGAAAAAAAAAAACAUAGAGGGAGCUCUUUCUGCUUUGACGUUCCUUUCAAAAGAGUUGAUAAAGGAAGUGUAAAUGAAUGUUGUUGAAAACAAAAAGUAACUUGUCGUAAUGCGGUGUGGUCUCAAUCAUGUUUUUGAUGUAAAUUCAGCAAGUGGUUGUAGAUAUUGGGUCAAAGACCAAUGUAACAUGUUUUGUGGAAACUUUACAAGGGAUAGAGACACGCCAGAAAAAAAUACACCAAAAUCAAGUAGUAUCGCACUGUUUCAGUGAUGGCUGAUGCUAAAACAUAUGUUUCUCUCCAAACAAUAAUGUGUUCAUUUUUAAUCCAAGUCAUCCUGGUAGUCGGGCACUUGUACUUUUGUUGCGCGGCCACAUCAAGGAAUGUAUCAUCAAUGCACAGAUAAAUCAUUGUGAUAAGCCAGCAGCUGUCGACAUAUGAAUAUUUCAGCUAUACAUGUGUUACACAUCGAGAAAUUUGUGACCAGGUACAGACUGUGUGCGGGAAGAACACUGAAAAAUUUAAUUAACAUUGGACCUCAGUGUUUUCACGCCUCACAUAUUUGGGUGUCUUCAAUGAACCAAGCAUAGGCUUUCUUGUAUUAUUAAUGAUUUUGUAUCUGAAUACUCGAAGCAUGUUUUUUCUUUACUGGAUUAAACAUUGCUGAAAAGUGUGAAGUUCCACAAGAUCAUACACGGUUAUUUCAAGCUGUUCUGUUAAUAAGGCAUAUAAGAAAAAGCGUGAAUUUGAUGAGAAGAAAGGGGAAAAUCCCCAAAGUACUAAAUAUAUUCAUUUAAACAAAAGUUACUAUUUGGGAUUGAGCAGUAAAUAUAGACUACUGACCAAAUUCUGACUGUAGAGGGCGCUCCUCAGCUUAUUUUUAUCUUGGCUGGCUAUAAAGCAAUUUAUUUAUAGUAAAAUCUGAAUCAUGAAUUGUUUGCCAUUGAUGAACAUUUUGACAUAUAAGUAGAUGAAACUAUUCUUUCCUUUUCAUUUUUUUAAAUAUUCACAAUUUGUUGGAAAUAGUUUUUUGAGAUAAUAAUCUAUAAACAUAUUUUGGUAACUUAUAAUGCAUGUGUAUUACGCACAUUGUGUAAUAUUAUGAGGAGUUAGAUACCUCCAUGGUUACACAUGUUCAGUUGAGAAGACUGUCCUGCACAUGUGUUUCAGGUAUUCAGCAGUUAAAACUCAUUUGCUUUGAGUGCCAGUUGAGUAAAUGAUUAUUGUAUUGGGAGCACUAUUUUUCUUGUUAAUGGAUCUAUGUCCAGCAUAAUCAAUUUGGUAACAGUUGGUUUCCGAUGAUAAACAGACAUGUUAAUUUUCUUUUCAUUGGUUUACCUCAGAGGUAGACCACUUAGAAAUUCUGUGAAGGAUAAACACAGAAGCCAAUGAGAAAAUGGGUGGUCUUUCAGAAUUUUGUUUGAGGGAUUUACAGAAAGAAGGUAAAGCCCUACAAACGUGUGUUGGUCUUACAGUUGACAAAUUUACCUUACAUAUGUGGGCGUAUCAUAAGGGGCAUGUUUUGCCUUAUGAGUUUGUUUUACACAGGCUUGGCUUAUGGAAUUAAACAUGUCUAUUAUAGGUUGGGUCUUACCAAGGUAGUCAGAGUGUAAUUAAAUAAGAUGUUAGAUCCCUGUAUAGUGGUCUGCCUGUUAUUGUAAAUGUCUGUGUGUUGUAUGAAAAUCAUGUUAAUAUUUUUUUUUUUAAUUUUCUGAGCUUCAAUUCACUGUGUAACAAGCAGAUAAUACAAGGCAACACUCCUUCCCCACUGAAAUUAAUUUGUAUCAUUUACAAAUCGAACAUUGGAUUGUACACUACGUUUAUUUGAAAUAUUUUUUAUUGUAUUUUUCUAUGGAAUGUGUAUUUAUAAUGUUUGUGAAAUGAUUCUCUAGGGUCAAUCAUGCAUUCUGAAGAUAUAAUGGGCCAACAAAAAAUUUGUUCCUAGGGUAUGAUAGACAGUGCAUACAACAUAUUUGCCAUCACCAGCUGUUUAAUUCAAUCAUCGUAAUUGGUCUGAAUUCCCAAUAUUGUGUUCCCUUCAUUGUUGAUGUUGGAUCUUGUGCCUUUUUUACACCAAACUUUCGGAGUUGUUGUCAAUUCAAAUUUGAAUUUGGUCAGAAUCUAAUUGAUAAAGACUGCCUGUUAUGAAUCAUUUUUCGACAUGAGUUUGGUCGUAUUUCUUGUGUCUCAGUUCUGUCUGUUUGUUACACAGUCAUUUUGAAAUAAAAAUGAACCAGUAAAGACUGAAAUAUUGGUAUAUUUUGCCAAAUUUGUACAAUGUAGGUUUGUCUAAAUUUUAGGGUAACUUCUGUUUAAUAACGUAUAUUCUAAAUACGUUAAAAGAAUAAUUAAUAUGUGAUUAUGUUGUGGUAAAUAAAUACUUACCUGGUGUUUAUAUAAAUGACAAUUUAUAAAGCUGCUUCAUUUAACUAACUCUACAUUAAUUAAAUGGUGUAUUUGAAGUGAUAUAGUAAAUUUAUGUUUAUUUUUUUCCCCUAAUAAUCCCUUCGUUUUUAUUGAUUUACAAAUGAUCACAAAUAUUUGUUACCGUACUUUAUAUUUUUUAUAGUAAGGAAAUUUUACAGUGAGCAUUGUAAGAUAAAAUUGUGAUUCUGGUGCCUUUUUUCCCUUCUUGUUUCCAAAGAUUUUUGUUUUUCUCCUUGUUCGUUAAUUAUUUAUCAUACCAGUUUUCAUUCCUUCAAUCGUUGCAGCUGUAAUCAUGUUGAAUAAAAAUGUCUGUGCUUGGAAACUAUGUCGGGAUAUGUUAUAAUAAUAGUGAUUGGGCGUUCUUUAGCAGACAUUUUUGUGAGCAUAUUAUUACUGCUUCUUGUACUGUAUUCUGCAAUCAGGAGAGAUAUUAAAACGUAGUAAUAUAGACAACUUUAAUUCAUUUCGCACACUAUUUUGUAAUAGAUUGUCUGUGGGUGUACCAAAUGAUGGUACGUUAAUUUGGAUUGUUCUGCUAUCUAUACCUUUUUUCAGUGUUGAUUCGUUUAUAGACAUAUAUUACAUCAAGAAAUGUAAAGUAUAAAUUCAAUAUAUAUGAAAUUUCUCUUUAUAGCAUUAAAAUUUAGAAUGAAUAUUGCAUUUAGAAUUUUUCCUUAUAAACAAUUGUGAACAGGCAACUCUAUAACUAUGUUCAUGUGUUUCAUUGCCCUUACAUUAUUGAUGAAUAUUCUGUGUUGAUUUUAACUGGUGUUAGGCAAACAAACUUCCAUUUAGGCAAACUCAAACUAAAGUUUAAGGAAAUUCACAACCCAAGUUUAGGCACACUCAAACAGAGUUUAGACAAACUAACAUUUUCGUUUAAGCAACUCAAAGUCAAGUUUUUUGGAAUAUUCAAUCUCUAUUUUUGUAGCAAUCUAAAACUGAAAUGUAGCGUUUUGGCAAAUCAAGUUCAGACUCAUACCCAGCAAAGUUAAACUAAAGUUUUCGCAAACUAAACUUUAAGAUUUGGGAAAGUAAACCUCAAGUUUAGGCAAACUCAAACUGAAUUUUAGUUAAACUCAAGUUUAUAUAGUUUGAACUAUUUGUUUGGGCAAACCAGUCUCGGAUUUAGGCAAACUUGGGAAUUAUUUGCAAAAAAAUUUUUGUCCCUUUUUAUUUAGAUGGUAAAAAUUAGAUUUUAGACUACAACUACCCACAAUCUUUCAUUACAAAGAGUAUACAGAUUAUCAAUGCCUUUGGGUUACUUAUCAAGCAUCAUCAAUAUCAUCAUUGUCACCGUCAUCAUCAUUUCAUCAACACAUUAUCAUAAUCAUCAUUGUCAUCAUAAUCAUCAGCGCCAUCAUCAUCUUUAUUAUAAUUGAAUGGUUAUGGAAUUGUAUAGCAUUAAACUUUGAAAAAAAUUAUAAAAAAUAAACUGUAUUGCACAAAUGCGGAGGAUUCGGACAACGUCUCAUUGUUCAUCUGUAAUUUGCGAUUACCGUACUAACAAGUCAGUGGUUAGAUAGCACAUAGAGACAAAUUAUUAUAUUUACGAUGUGCACAAUCAUUAUCUCAUUAUCCCCAUCUUUAUCCUUUUCUUUCUGAGCACAAAUAUUCAUUCCCAAGUUCUAUAAUCAAUAUAUUAUUUUAGUUGUAGUCGCAAUAAAAUAUUGUUUUUGUGCUGAAAAUGCUAAAUCAAAAAAUGUAUACAGUAUUUAGAUAUAGCAUUGUGUGUGUGGUUCUUUAAAAGGUACCAUACAUACAUUGUGAUUGCACAUUACUGUUUAAAAAAAAAGAGUUGUCUAUUUCUGGACAUUCAUUAAAGAUAAAAAAUUAAAUUUAAAUUGUUUUUUUAUUUAUUCAUGUAUGGAACUGAAAUAAAAAUUGAUGUAUAACUGUUGUGUAUUUUAUAUCUCGUAGAAGAUAAUUGCUACUAAUAAGACAACCAUAUGCAUCCAAUGUAAAGAGAUUUCUAUUCAGUUGUGUUAAUACCUGUACACCCAUCACUCUAUUUGAUGUUUAAAUCUGCCGCACACGAUUGGAAUCAGCUCACUGUGUCGAACCAGGUACAUUGGGUCUUUAAAUUUACAAUUUGAAGCCCUAAAAGAAAUUGAAGCUACCUAACUACUAUUGCAAAUCAGCAAGCUGAGCUGAAUCCACUGUUGUGCUGCCCGUCUUUAAGUACAGUAACUGAUCGUAAUGACAAAUAAUCUAUCAGUUAUUGUUAUGUAUAUGUUUAACAUUUAUAUUUAUGUUAUUAAUAUUUCUUUUAUUGUUAUUGCAAAUAUUAUGAGAUAUUGGUGACGGUUUAGCCUUCCAGAUGCUAUAAGUGUAUUAUUUAUGUAAAUUAUUGUGUUCUGGCAAAUUUAGUGAAUUAAUUCUAAAACAUAUCUUUUAUACAUGCAAGGACUGUUGCAUGGAGGCAGUUUGCAAAGGUUAUUGUAUGGCUGUAGAGACUAUUGUAAGCUUUACCCCCAUCGAUUAUGUAAUUACGCAUAGAGCUUUUUAAAUGCAUUCUGGGAGCUAAACAAAAGUUGUUAUAUCUAUAGUAAGAGGUAGUAGCAUUGAACGAAGAAGAAAAAAAAACGUAUCAAACUAUUUGAUGAUUUUAAAUGUAGUGAAAAUCAAUGUUAAUUGUUAAGAUUCUUACUGUUACUGUGUUCAACACUAGUCUGUAUUAUAUUGUGCGAGUGUAAGCGUGUGCGGGUGCGUGCGAGUUUGCGUGUGCGUGUUUGCUGCACACAUGUUUUAACUUACUGCUAAAAGAUAAUACCUUGACCUCAAAAAGUCCAUAAUUAUUUGAACGUUAAUUAAUACAAUCAAUUAAGCUAAUUGUGACUAUGAUUAAAAGGUGAAGUGCCCUUGGGUGGGAUAGCACCAUGUGACCAAGGUUAACGUGUCAUUGAUGUGCGAUGAUUUGCGUGUUAAUGUAGAAUGUAGACAUCAGGGCAUAAGUUUAAAUUGGUGUAAAAAGUUCAAGAUGCCCCUGUUAUUUGACCACAUAAGGAGAUAGGUGGAGUUGCUCAUAAGCGUCAACCACAACCGAAAUAUCAUGUAAACUAUGGUUUUUCUCCUUGUGGUAAAAUCCUGGACGUUGUGAGGGUUUAAUCCUUUGACCUACUUGUACGAUUAAUAUGGAAAAUAUAUUGAAACGUCAGUCAA